AUGCUGCGGCGAACCGUUGCUGCGCUGGAGAAGCUCGUCAUCGUGGAGUCGCCGAACAAGGUGAUCAAGGUUGAGGGGCUGCUGAGUGACGCGAGCGUCAUCCCGGAUUGGUCCUUCAAGCAGGAUCACUUGCGGCGUCUGGGCGUGGGGGCCGAAAAGGCGGUGGCGAUGGCGACGACCGGGCACUUCAUGGCAAUGAAGGAGAUCCGGUGGACUCCGCGGGCCCUCGCCUUCUCGGGGGCCGCGCCGGAGACGCCGGCGCCGGGGGAGGAGCCCUUCCCCCCCAACGGCACGCUUGCCGAGUACACGCUCGAGUGGCAGCUGCUGCCGGGCCGCCGCAUUCAGGAAACCCUAGAGCGCUACCUGCAGGAAAAGCUUCACAACGUCACCGAGAUUAUUCUCGCGACGGAUCCAGAUCGCGAGGGGGAGCUUAUUGCUGUGCAUACCCUCCAAACAAUAAAGCGACUGUAUCCAAAGCUAAAGGUUCCUUACUCACGUGCCUACAUGCACAGCAUCACCGAGGAGGGAAUUCGCAAAGCAAUGCAGGAGCGCCUCAUAGAUAAGUGUGACUACGAUCUGGCGAAUGCGGCCGAAACACGUCACGCGAUGGAUCGAAUCUUUGGAUUUUUAGGAAGUUCCGUGGUGCGGGCCGCCAAUUCCCAGAUGCGCUCCAUCGGUCGUGUGCAGACUCCUGCUCUCAUCCUCAUACACGAGCGGGAGGAGAGGGUUGCGGCGUUCCUGGAGAACAAUAAAACCACCUACCUUGUGGAGGCCAUGUGCCACUUCCCAGGGCCCCACGGCACCACCUUCUCGCAGGUAGUCAACAUCACUCCCGACGUAAAGGGGGAAGCCGCAAGUUGGGGCACCGAGGCGGAGGCAAGGCGGUGUUUGCAUAGGUGGAAGUUAAACAACUGCAGUGGCUUCGGUGUCCCUCACGAGCCGCUCGUUCUCCCGUCUGAAGUGCCCCCGCCACAGCCGUUCACGAUGGCCACGGCCAUUGCGAGGGCAAAUCGCCAGCUAAAGAUGAGCAGUGAGAAGGUGAGCAGCUGCUUGCAGGAUCUGUUUCAGCUUGGCCACAUCACCUACCCGCGAACGGACAGCACCCGCAUCGACGCAGGAGCCCUGAAUGACAUCUACGCCACAAUCAAGAAGGAAUUUGGCAAGGAGCUGCUCUACCGCCUUGAGGAUCGGGCGGCUGCUGCACCUGAGGGUAAAAAGUCUAAGCGGCCAGGAAAGAAGAAGUCCGCCAAGCACAGCAAGCGGGCGGAGCACCCGGUUGGGAACGUGGAGGACGCGCAUGAGGCUAUACGUCCAACGAACAUCCACGCCGAUGGGGAAUCGCUUUCACUCCCCCCGAUUACAAGGGCGGUGUACGACCUUGUGCGUCGCAACACGUUGGCGUCCUUUAUGAUUCCCAUGAAAAGUGAGAAGAUUGCCGCCACUGUAAAGUUUACCAGCGGCAGUGGCGAUAAACUGCGUGUCGUGCUGGAGGGGAAGCGUGUUGCGGAGCCUGGGUGGACGCGCGCGUUUCAAAAGACUGCUACAACGGCUGAGCCUACCCCCUCCGCAACCACAAGCGGUAGCACUUUGAAUAACCUUAGCGCCACUAGCACCAAGACUGCCGCUGUAGAGGACGAGAAUGAGGACAUCACGGAGAAGGAGGGUGCUCCUGUUAUUCGUUCUCUCUCUCAAGAGGAAUUCAGGGCUAUUGCGCAGUUGCGCAGCACCUUGGCUGCCUCGAGGCAGCCACGGCAGUUUGAGUUGCUUUCCCCCACCGUUUCUGAGAACCGCCCGGUGCCACCGCUGCUGCACUCGGAGGGCACACUCAUUGAAGAGCUGAAGAACAACGGUGUGGGUCGCCCAAGCACGUACCCCAUGAUAGUGAAGACGCUGCUCGCACGGGGGUACAUUGAGGUGAGCCCCAAAGGCCGCUGCGAGACAACCCCGAUUGGGCGGCUGCUGGUUUCGACGGCCAAGUCUACCUUUCCCUCCAUUGUGGACAUUGGGUUUACCGCGUCCUUUGAGAAGAAGCUGGAUCUCAUCGCAAAACCGGACCCCGAGAGGCGACCGACCAUGUUGCGGGGAACCAACAUGUCUCAAGCCGACUACUUCCUUUCUAUGUUUCUCUCGACGUUCCUUAAUUACGUGGCGGAGGCCACGCGAACGCAACGGGCCAACAUCGUGGAACGCUCCAUGCGGUUAAAGCAUGAGCAGGAGGAGGGGUCCGGUCAGGAUGAGGAUGAAUUCGAGGAAAGUGUGGUCAAUGCGAAGAAGAAGGUGGCGCUUGCCACCGGAGACCUGGCGGCGCUCCCAAAGACGUAUCACAACUUCACGGCACUGCAGCGUGGCCUACACGACUAUCUCCGUCGCCACUUUCCACCCUCGCGACUCAGCUCAUCCGCCACACCCGCUGGCGCCGAGGAAGACAAGGUGACAUUGGGGAUGGACGGGGCUUCAACGCACGUGGUGUCAAGAAAACACAAAUGGGAGAAGAGUGACGAGGCUUAA